AUGGCUCCAAAAGAGAGCAGUACCAAGCUAUGGGGCGGUCGCUUCACAGGCUCCCUCGACCCGAUCAUGACUCAAUACAAUGAAUCCAUCUACUUCGACCGCAUCUUCUACAGCCAGGAUAUUCGAGGCAGUAUUGCCUAUGCCCGCGCCAACAUCAAGACUGGUAUCCUGACGCAACACGAAUUCAGCGAGAUCGAGCGAGGACUGAAAGCGGUCUACAAGGAAUGGGAGAGCAAUACUUUCGAGAUCAAAUCUGGUGUUGACGAAGACAUCCAUACUGCAAACGAGAGGAGGCUUGGCGAGAUUAUCGGCAAGGAGAUCUCUGGAAAGUUGCAUACGGGACGGAGUCGCAAUGAUCAGGUUGCGACGGAUAUGCGGUUAUGGCUGAAGGAGCAGCUCGACAGGUUGGAAGGCUAUCUCGUUGACUUCCUGAAAGUCAUCGCUGCGCGAGCCGAGAAGGAGAUCGAGGCGCUUAUGCCGGGGUAUACACAUCUGCAGCGUGCACAGCCUAUUCGGUGGAGCCACUGGAUGCUCAUGUAUGGGUCUUUCUUCGCUUCAGAUCUGCAACGGUUGCGAGAGCUCAAGGUUCGGGUGAAUAAGUGUCCGCUUGGAUGUGGUGCAUUGGCCGGCAACCCGUUCGACAUCGACCGUGAAGCCAUGGCAGAGGAACUGGGCUUCGACGGACUGAUCAUGAACUCCUUGGCCGGCGUGGCAGACCGUGACUUCGUGGUCGAGACGAUGCAAUGGGGUUCAAUGCUAAUGAUGCACAUGUCUCGAUGGGCCGAAGAUCUGAUCAUCUACUCGAGUGGCGAGUUUCACUUCGUACAGCUUGCGGACGCGUACAGUACUGGCUCAAGUCUAAUGCCGCAGAAGAAGAACCCGGACUCGCUGGAACUCCUGCGAGGCAAGAGCGGAAGGGUGUUCGGUCAAAUGGCUGGUCUCAUGAUGAGUGUGAAAGGCAUACCGAGCACAUACAACAAAGAUCUCCAGGAGUCCGUCGAGCCAAUGCUAGAUCAUGUCAAGACUGUUGGCGAUAGUCUACAAAUCGCCACAGGAGUCCUUUCCACCCUCACAAUCGACACAGAUGCGAUGCUGGCCUCUCUCACACCUGACAUGCUGGCCACAGACCUCGCAGACUACCUCGUCCGGAAGGGCGUACCGUUCCGGGAAACACAUCACAUCUCUGGUCAAGUCGUGGCGCUGGCUGAGCAGAAGAAGAAGCCGAUGGAUCAAUUGAGCUUCGAAGAGCUGCAGGGUGUGGAUAGGAGAUUUGAAAAGAACAUCAUAGAGGUCUUUGACUAUAGCAAGAGUGUUGAGAUGAGGAGUGCGAAGGGCGGGACAAGCAAGAAGGCUGUGCUAGAGCAGAUCGAGGCUGUCAAGAAGGCCUUGGAGGGUGGUGUCUGA